CUGCUGUCUGCCUUGGACGCCCAAUGAAGAAGUUAGCAUUACAUUCAGUACGCUGCUGCCUCUCAGCGUACAGAGCAGCAUCCCGUGGACCAGCUUUUCUAUCAAAAUAAUAUAUAUAUUUUUUUCAUACGAACGUGUACAUACUUUUUGUUAAUCCUGCUACGGUAAUAGUCAUUUCGGAUAUUCCACAAGGACAGCAUAAGGAAGCCCGAGAAGAGCCGAGGACGUGUGAGACUUCAUAGUUUUUAACAAACACUGCAAUCCCUUUGGUCUGCCUCCUUCACUCUGCUUGUUAGCUAUUUACCAAGAGAGUGAUUUUCUACCGUCCAAGGAAACAUGAGCUUUCUUUUUGGAAACCGUUCAUCCAAGACGUUCAAGCCCAAGAAGAAUAUCCCGGAGGGUUCACAUCAGUACGAGCUGUUGAAACAUGCAGAAGCUACACUGGGAAGUGGAAACCUGCGCAUGGCAGUCAUGUUGCCUGAGGGUGAAGACUUAAAUGAGUGGGUCGCCGUCAACACUGUGGAUUUCUUCAACCAGAUCAAUAUGCUGUAUGGCACCAUCACAGAUUUUUGCACAGAGGAGAGCUGUCCAGUCAUGUCUGCUGGUCCUAAGUAUGAGUACCAUUGGGCGGAUGGAACCAAUAUCAAGAAGCCUAUAAAAUGCUCUGCUCCCAAGUACAUUGAUUACCUCAUGACCUGGGUGCAAGACCAGCUGGAUGACGAGACACUUUUCCCCUCAAAGAUCGGUGUCCCCUUUAAGCGAAACUUUAUGUCAGUGGCAAAGACCAUUCUGAAGCGCCUGUUCAGGGUCUACGCUCAUAUCUACCACCAGCACUUUGACUCUGUGAUGCAGUUGCAAGAGGAGGCUCACCUCAACACAUCGUUCAAACACUUCAUCUUUUUUGUUCAGGAGUUCAACCUCAUUGACAGGAAAGAGCUGGUCCCACUUCAGGAGCUGAUUGAAAAACUGACAACCAAGGAUAGAUAAACGGCAAUGUAAUCCUUAUUUUAUUGGUCUUCUAGUUUUUUGCACAGAUACCCACCCCACCCUGGCUGUAUGUAUGCAGUAUAUACUAUAUUUCCAUUUGGGGAAAUGUUUUUAAUGAGGCCAGGAAGAAGGAAGAGUCUUGGUAGGUUUAAGGCGCCAGGACUAAUGCUAUCAGGGAUUACACACUUAAUUGAAGAAACCACAGACUAACAUAUUGGAGAAAACUGUUUGAGCUGUAUGGAAAGAUUCCCAGUAUUCAGUCAUGGCUUACAUUUGGGAUGAUAUAGACAUAUAUGUUCAUUAGUCAGUAUUUUACUGCACAGACAUUUUUUCCACUUCGAUUUACAGCAAAAUGAGGCAUGGCCAUGCUCUUAGAUUCCCAUUUCUAACUUACCUAGGGAAGAAUGGUGUCUAAGCGAAGUGCUAUAUAAUAAUGGAAGGGCUUUGUUGGUGAAGAAUUUAAGCCAAGCCUUUAAGCCAAUUUCACCGCACUAGCUAGUUAUUUAUUCAUUAAUCGACUUAGAAGGAUCUGGGUUGUGGUCUGCUACCUUUUCACAUCUGUAAGAGCCCACAUCUGUCAAUACAAAAUAAUCCUAAGUGCCUAGCAUGGCUCAUAAUUGCCCUGUAUCAACAGUAAGAGCUGUAAGAAGAUAAAGGCCAUAAACCACUGACUUGAUUGACACAACAUUCAAUUUUCCACGCCACCUCCCUUUAAGUUUGUGUGGUCCCUAAUUUCUUCUUGUGCCCCUUUUUCUAUUUGUACUGGUAACUUGGUUCAAAAAUGAUUUUCUCUUAAAACUCAUACUCUUCACCAACCUUAUCCUUUAGUUAGAAAGUCUCUUUACCAAGUGUUUUGUGCAGGUUAUGAUAAAAUGAAUGUGUUGAAGGACAUAGAAGUGAGGCUAGAAUAUUGUCAUAUUUUAGCAGGGAUUAAAAAUGAACUAAACAUUUAUUGUUUUCUAGUCAAAUGUUCCCGAAUACUAGUCCCCCCCCCCCCCCCAAAAAAAAAAAAAACUUGAAGUAGAAACAUUUUUUUAGGAAAAGUCUUCAAGGGAUCUGAAACCUUAAAUUGUGUAUAAAUUUCCUCAAAUAGAAGUAGAGAACCUCCACUGUUAAAAAAUACAAGCAUUUUGAAUUGGAUUAUGCUGCAUCACUUGUUAUCUCACUAGCCAUAAAGCACUUUGAACAAUUUUCCUGACCUCUUUUGCCUGAAUGUUUAUUCUGCAUAGGCUGUGCUUUGUGAGAAGCUGUAUCAUGUGACUUAUCAUAGUUUAUUUCCUCCCUUAUAUUUCCCCAAAUGAAUGUUGAAUUGCUUAACCUCUAAAAUUGGCUCUAAGGCACAAGUGAGAUUUCUUAUGCUUUUGUAUGGUCUGAGUUGUUUGUUGCUGUGCCUCAAACAGCAGAUGCAUGUACCCUUCCUAAUCUCCAAGUGUAGUUUACUAUGCAAUAAUUGAUCCAACACUAAAAAGGGUUACCAGUUGGCUCAUUCAUACUUUAAUAUUAAUUUUCCUUUUUAUAGUGCUUUAAGUCUGGUGUAUGAUAGAAAUAUAUUUCUUGUUUAGGUUUGGUUUAAAGAACAGUGAGAUGAACAUUUUAUAUAUCUUUAUAUAUAAUUUGUGAGAGGUGUAAUACUUCAAUGCACACAUGUAAAUACUGAGGGUUAGACCUGUCUUAAAGAUCAUUUUUAGUGAGCAUGGAGUGGUAGCUUUUGAUUUAAAGAAUGCAUUGAGUCUUCAGAGGGUGCUUCUCCCUCCCCCAUUUGGAUAUUAAAAUCUUGUUUGUUUUAAUUGUUGAGUAUCUUUUUCCACUUCCUUAGCGAACUAUUAUGAAUGUUACUGCUCACCAGAUAUCUGAAAAUGUAAUAGAAAAUUAGUCAUCCUGAAAGCAUCUCAUCCUUAUGAAAUGCCCAUAACAUUAUUGCCUACAGUUUUUCCUCCUUGACUGUAAUAAUUGAUGACAUGUUUGUAAAUAAUGGCUUGGUAGAGGUUUUCAAUGCUACUGAAUUGAGUUCUGCGGUUUACAAGGCAAAUAAAGGUGGUCUUGACUCUUUGAA